GCUAAGACAAGGGGGCGGGGCUGCGGCUCCGCGCGUGCGCGGAACAGGGCUAGGGGGCGGGGGAACCUGCGGCGAGCUGGCCUGAGCGAUUGGAGGCAAGAUGCAGGACCCCAAUGCAGACACCGAGUGGAAUGACAUCUUACGGAAGAAGGGCAUCUUGCCCUCAAAGGAGAGUCUGAAAGAGUUGGAAAAGGAGGCGGAAGAGGAGGAGCAGCGAGUCCUCCAGCAGUCAGUGGUGAAAACAUACGAAGAUAUGACUUUGGAAGAGCUGGAGGAUAAUGAAGACGAAUUUAAUGAGGAGGAUGAACGUGCUAUCGAAAUGUACAGGCAGCAAAGACUGGCUGAGUGGAAAGCAACCAAACUAAAGAAUAAAUUUGGAGAAGUUUUGGAGAUCUCAGGAAAGGAUUAUGUUCAAGAAGUUACCAAAGCUGGUGAAGGCUUGUGGGUAAUCUUGCAUCUUUACAAGCAAGGGAUUCCCCUCUGUGCCCUGAUAAAUCAGCACCUCAGUGGACUUGCCAGAAAGUUUCCCGAUGUCAAAUUUAUCAAAGCCAUUUCAACAACCUGCAUACCCAACUACCCUGACAGGAAUCUGCCCACAGUAUUCGUGUACCUUGGAGGUGAUAUCAAAGCUCAGUUUAUUGGUCCUCUGGUGUUUGGAGGCAUGAACCUGACAAGAGACGAGCUGGAGUGGAAAUUAUCCGAGUCUGGAGCAAUCAAGACAGACCUGGAGGAGAACCCUAAGAAGCCGAUUGAAGACACGUUGCUGUCUUCCGUGCGGUGCUCCGUCCCCCUGAGGAGGGACAGUGAUUCUGAGGGUGACUGAGGUCACAGCCAUUGAGACUUGAUGAACUUUCUUCAUGUGACAAACCACAGGACUUUUUAAAAGGGAGAAAGCAAGAAUGCUUUUUUUUGGUUUUUAGCUUUUUAUAAUUAUGUUUCAGAUCUUACACAUUUCAGAAAUAACCAUUGGUGGGAAUAGUUUUAAAUUUCUUGGAACUCUCUUUUUAAAUUAAUAACAUUUCCUUUUAAAACAAAUAAAAAG